GCGGCGCCGGGCAUUGUGGCCGGCGGCUGGGAGGGCAAGGUCGCCGAGCCGCUGGAAGCGGCAGGGCUCCGAGAGGAGCGCGCACCCCACUCGCACAGACUUCACGGCGCGGCCGCUACGAGCGCCGCUGAGCGCACUCUGCAGGGAUCGCGCAACUUCGGAGCAGGGCGCGGACGGCGCUCGCAGCGGGGGAUCGCGGAAAGGGCGCACCGGCGCCGGGAUCCCCAGCGGCGUCCGACUCCCGGAGCGCUCCUAGCAGCCGGGCGGUUUCCCGGCGCAGUGUGGCUGCCGCUGCGCCCACGGAGGGCACUGGCUGGCGUUGCCGGGCGCCUGCGAGGACGGCGAGGCGGCGGCGAAGGCGCAGGCGGCGAGGCUGGGGCCCGGGAAAGAGCCCCGGGGGAGAGGCGCCCGGGCCAGGCGACAGGAGCAUGAGGGCCCGGAGCGGGACUCGGGGCGCGCUGCUGCUGGCGCUGCUUUUCUGUUGGGACCCCACACUGAGCCUAGCAGGCCUUCUUGACUUAGGUGGCCAGGGGCUCCCAGACUCCUUACCGUCGGCCCCCGCGGAGCAGCUGCCUCACUUCCUGCAGGAACCGCAGGAUGCCUACAUUGUGAAGAACAAGCCCGUGGAACUACGCUGCCGGGCCCUCCCCGCCACACAGAUCUACUUCAAGUGUAACGGCGAAUGGGUCAGCCAGAACGACCACGUCACACAGGAGAGCCUGGAUGAGGCCACAGGCUUGCGGAUGCGAGAGGUGCAGAUCGAGGUGUCACGGCAGCAGGUGGAGGAGCUGUUUGGGCUGGAGGACUACUGGUGCCAGUGUGUAGCCUGGAGCUCUUCCGGAACCACCAAGAGUCGGCGAGCCUACAUCCGCAUUGCUUACCUGCGCAAGAACUUCGAUCAGGAGCCUCUGGCAAAGGAGGUGCCAUUGGAUCAUGAGGUCCUUCUGCAGUGCCGCCCACCGGAGGGAGUGCCUGUGGCUGAGGUGGAGUGGCUCAAGAACGAGGAUGUCAUUGACCCCACUCAGGACACCAACUUCCUGCUCACCAUUGACCACAACCUCAUCAUCCGCCAGGCUCGUCUGUCAGACACAGCCAACUACACCUGUGUGGCCAAGAAUAUCGUGGCCAAGCGCAGGAGCACCACUGCCACGGUCAUCGUCUACGUGAAUGGUGGCUGGUCCAGCUGGGCAGAGUGGUCACCCUGCUCUAAUAGAUGCGGCCGAGGCUGGCAGAAGCGUACACGGACCUGCACCAACCCAGCCCCACUCAAUGGAGGUGCCUUCUGCGAGGGACAAGCCUUCCAGAAGACAGCCUGCACCACUGUGUGCCCCGUGGAUGGGGCAUGGACUGAGUGGAGUAAGUGGUCAGCCUGCAGCACGGAGUGUGCACACUGGCGUAGUCGUGAGUGCAUGGCGCCCCCACCCCAGAACGGAGGCCGUGACUGCAGUGGAACUCUACUUGACUCCAAGAACUGCACCGAUGGGCUGUGCGUGCAGAAUAAGAGAACUCUAAACGACCCUAAAAGCCACCUCCUGGAACCCUCGGGAGAUGUGGCACUGUACGCAGGCCUCGUGGUGGCCAUCUUCGUAGCUGUGGCAGUACUCAUGGCGGUGGGCGUGGUGGUGUACCGAAGAAACUGCCGGGACUUUGACACGGACAUCACCGACUCCUCUGCUGCCCUCACUGGUGGUUUCCAUCCCGUCAACUUCAAGACUGCAAGGCCUAACAACCCACAGCUCCUGCACCCAGCUGCCCCUCCAGACCUGACAGCCAGUGCUGGCAUCUACCGGGGCCCCGUGUAUGCCCUGCAGGAUUCCGCCGACAAGAUCCCUAUGACUAAUUCACCCCUGCUGGAUCCCUUACCUAACCUCAAGAUCAAGGUCUAUAACUCCAGCACCACCGGCUCUGCAUCUGGCCUCCCUGAUGGAGCCGACCUACUACUGGGUGUCCUGCAGCCUGGCACAUACCCAGGCGAUUUCUCCCGGGACACCCACCUGCUGCACCUGCGCAGUGCCAGCCUUGGUUCCCAACAGCUCCUGGGCGGACCCCGAGACCCCAGCAGCAGCCUCAGUGGCACCUUUGGUUGCCUGGGUGGGAGGCUGAGCAUCCCUGGCACAGGGGUCAGCCUGUUGGUGCCAAAUGGAGCCAUUCCCCCGGGCAAGUUCUAUGAGAUGUAUCUACUUAUCAACAAAGCUGAAAGCACCCUCUCGCUUUCGGAGGGGACCCAGACAGUAUUGAGCCCCUCGGUGACCUGUGGUCCCACGGGCCUCCUCCUCUGCCGCCCUGUCAUCCUCACUGUGCCUCACUGUGCUGAAGUCAUCGCCGGAGACUGGAUCUUCCAGCUCAAGACCCAGACCCAUCAGGGCCACUGGGAGGAGGUGGUGACCUUGGAUGAGGAGACCCUGAACACCCCCUGCUACUGCCAGCUGGAGGCUAAGUCCUGUCACAUCCUGCUGGACCAGCUAGGCACCUAUGUGUUCACGGGCGAGUCCUACUCCCGUUCUGCCGUCAAGCGACUCCAGCUGGCCAUCUUUGCCCCAGCCCUCUGCACCUCCCUGGAGUAUAGCCUCAGGGUCUACUGUCUGGAGGACACGCCCGUAGCUCUGAAGGAGGUGCUGGAGCUGGAGCGGACUCUGGGAGGCUACUUGGUAGAAGAGCCCAAGCCUUUGCUCUUUAAGGACAGUUACCACAACCUGCGCCUCUCCCUCCACGACAUACCCCAUGCCCACUGGAGGAGCAAGCUACUGGCCAAGUACCAGGAGAUUCCCUUCCACCACAUCUGGAACGGCAGCCAGAAGGCCCUGCACUGCACGUUCACGCUGGAGAGGCACAGCCUGGCUUCCACCGAGUUUACCUGUAAGGUCUGCGUCCGGCAGGUGGAAGGGGAAGGCCAGAUCUUCCAGCUGCACACCACGCUGGCGGAGACACCUGCUGGCUCCCUGGAUGCACUCUGCUCUGCUCCUGGCAAUGCUGUCACCACCCAACUGGGACCCUACGCCUUCAAGAUACCACUGUCCAUCCGCCAGAAGAUCUGCAGCAGCCUUGAUGCCCCGAGCUCACGGGGCAAUGACUGGAGGCUCUUGGCACAGAAGCUGUCGAUGGACCGGUACCUGAAUUACUUCGCCACCAAGACUAGUCCCACGGGUGUAAUCUUGGACCUCUGGGAAGCUCAGCAGCAAGACGAUGGGGACCUCAACAGCCUGGCCAGUGCCUUGGAGGAGAUGGGCAAAAGCGAGAUGCUGAUGGCCAUGGCUACUGAUGGGGACUGCUGAGCGCUUGUGACCACGGUGGAGACCAGUAGGAGACAGUACAAGGAGGCCUAGCAGCCUCCUGUGGGAGUGUCCAGCCUCGGCCGUCCCGGGCUCAUAGCUGGAAUGGCCCCUCACUCCCUCUCCCUGCUGCACCCUCAGACCACCACCAGCCUUAGAAAACCUCUGUGCUCUACUGCUGAGAGGCCAGGAUCCUCUGCCCCACCAUUUCCUGGCUGGCACUGGGAUGGGCUGAAGCCUUUGGGGGCAGCCUAAGGACAGAGGCUUUCCCCCUGUCACAACCCAGCACCCUCAGUCCUGUGACUCUGGGGGCCCCACAUGUUUCAAUUCUGUGUUCAUACCGUCCUUGGCUAGGGGGACCUCUCUCCCAUCCCAGGUCCUCUUUGAAAGGUUGAGUUGAGUUCAGACAAACUGCUGUCUCCUGUCUACAAGGAAAAAAAAAAAGGAAGGAAGGAAGCAAGAAUGAAUGAAAGCUUCAGAACUCAGUGAGCAAAAACCACAAGGGAAAAAAAAAACAGUUUCUUAGGAAACGCAAAUGAUUUAUUAUCCAGAUACUUGGAUAGGUCCUUUUUAAGAAAAAAACAAAAACAAAAAAGUAAGAAAAGAAAAAAGAGGGGCGUGGGGCACUUUUGUUCUCCAGUGUGUUUUAAGAGUGGGUAGGUAUGCCUGUGACUUGGGCCCCAAGCGAGCGCAUUCAUGGGCACACGUGUGCACGUAUGUGUGCGUGCAUGGGUGUGGUCAGGGAAAUGCUUUGCUACUCUUGAGUCCAUUGUGGACUGGAUCCUGACAAUGCCUCAGUUUCCCCAGCUGUGGCGCUGAGUCCUAAAAACGAAAGCAGAAGCUGGGCCUCUGUUCUUCCCACCCUCCCGAGCCCCAGGUAGAUGCCUCUGUCUGUGGCCUCCUCUGGGUUUCUGAGAAUCUGCCUGGAGGCCCAGGCCGGCUGUGACCUGUGGAGACUGUUCAGGUCUCUUACCCUAAUGAUUCCUGGUCUGGUAAUGUGGCCCAGAGGCGAGGCUCCUGAAGAGAGGGAGGGGCCUCCAGGUUCCCUCUCAGGCUGGAUGGCUUUGUGUCCAGGCAGGCACUGCACCCCUAGUCCUUGGUUCACCCACUCACUCUCCUGCUGGGGUCAGGAGAUCUGGAGGUUAACUUUUCUAGGUAGACAUCUCCACUUUUGACCAUUGAGUCCACCCUGGGCUUUGAAAGUUGGGGCUUCUAAGGGGGAGCAGGUUUCAUUUCUGUGUCUGUGUCCGGGCUUCUCCGCUGCAGCUCCUGAGGGGGGGCUCCGAGAUUGGGACCAAGGUGCUCUCGCGCCUAGGUGAACACUGCCCCAGACAGUGGCUCUCAGCUCUUCCUGCCAAAGAUGCCCAUCCCUGUGGGCAUGAUCUUGCUGGUCACUGUUAGCCCACGCUCAGAGGGGGCCUCUGGCCCUUCUGGGAGUCAGGAGACCAGGAACCAAGUUCUAGCUGUGCCGUGUGACUUUGGGCAUAUAGUUGCCUUCUCUGGGCUCCAGUGUCCUUUUUCUCCUGGAAGCUCCGUGAGGCCCCUUGGGGGGAGGGGUCUCACACGUUUCUGAGCUUCAGAAGGGAAGCAAGUAGAGAGAAGUUGAUUGUGGUCUGUAUACCCUCUUUGCCCACCCUCAGAAACCUGCCUGCCUGGGCCCUGAAGGGAACACUUGGUGAACAGGUCCCAGUUAGCUGGAGCCUGGGAUAGGGCUCCAAGUGGACAGCUUGGUAGCAGCAACCCAGGUAAUAUCUGCCAACUCUGGGCUGGGCCAGGGCUCUUGGGUUGGGUUUCCACUCCUGCCUUCAGUGAUCUGGAGCCUCCUUUCUCCAUUCUGGCCAGCUUGGUGUUGUCGGGUCCUGCAGGGUAUUGUGUGUCAUCUUGGGCGUGUGUGUGUGUGUGUGUGUGUGUGUGUGUGUGUGUGUGUGUGUGUGUGUGUGUGUGUGUUUACAAGCGUCAGUGUGCCUGUGCUUUUGAAUUUGGGCACAUCAGGGCACCCCUCCCAGAAUGCACACACCUGUUUCCGCAUGUGGACAUGGCCUCCGUGCCCAGGAGUGUGUCACCGGAGUGGGUAUGCCUGUUUGCCGUUCCGAGUCACAGGGUCAGUCAGUGUAUCUCCUAUGUGCCUCUCCUGCCCUUUUAUGGGGGCCAUGAUUCUGAGCUCUGGCCAGACACCUCCCGAGGGAUGGGACCCUCCUCAUCCCUGAUCUUCCAGGGCUCUCUGGUCCCCAUCUUGAAGCUCCCAGGCAUCUGAGUCAGCCCCUUCCACUCACCCUCAGAGGGCAAGUGGCUGGGAGCUUGGAUGCAGGGGUGUGAACAUGGCUCUGUGUCUCUGGAUUCCAAUAUGGUGGGGAUGGUCCCAGCCCCACCCAUUCAUUCUGUAAACAACCUGUAAAUAGCCUUUAGCAUUCCUCUUGUAACGAGAUUAAUUUUUAUGAAAUAAAUUAUAUUUCCUAGUCUAAUAAAAAAAUCCAGGUCCUGG